AUGGAACAAACAAAACCACAACGACGAACAAUUAUUUUUGAUUAUUGGAAUAUUAACAAGAAAAAAAAAUUAAUAGAAGAGUCAAAGAUUUCAUCAAAAAAAUCUGUUACACUUAUUGAAGAUUUUUCUAAUGAAAUUUUUUAUGAAAUAUUUAAUUAUCUCGAUGUUUAUUAUGUAUAUAAAGCAUUUUACAAUCUUAAUAUACGUUUACAAAAUCUUCUUACAAAUUCAACACUUCCUUUAAAAAUCAAUAUUUCAUCUAUGUCAAAAUCAAUUUUUCAAAGUUAUAAUAGACAUAUUAUUAUGCCUAAUAAACAUCGAAUUAUAUCAUUAUAUUUAUCGAAUUCAUUUAUUGUUGAUAUUAUUUUUUCUCCAGUACGUAUUGCAUCAAAUUUUACUCGAUUAGAAACACUUAUUUUUGAUAAUAUUAAAUCAAAAUAUCUUAUUAAUAUUCUCAAUCAUUUAGUUUCUUUACCUAAUCUAUCAUCAUUAAUUAUGAUUCCUAUUGAUUGUUGUCGAAAUCCAAAUGAAAUUUAUCAACAUAUAUUUCGUUUACCAGUAUUGAAAUAUUGUAAAAUAUCAUUGAAAGAAUAUUCAGAUUAUUAUUCAUUACCUAUUGCAACAAAUGUAAUAAGUUCUAUUGAACAUCUUGUUAUUACUCAUCGAUUUUAUCUUACUAAUUUUAAUGCUUUAUUAUCAUAUAUUCCUAAAAUUCGUCGUUUAACAUUUCAUUAUCUUGAUGGAAGUCAUAACAAACAAUUAGAAUUAUUUUCAUGUUAUUCUAAACAUUUAACAUAUGUUUCUAUUAAUAUGAAAGAUAUUAAUUUUGAUAAAUUUGAAUUAAUGAUUAAAAAUUUAUUUCAUCAACUUCAAAUUUUACAUAUCACAACACAUUAUGAUAGAACAUAUUUCGAUGCAAAUCGAUGGGAACAAAUAAUAUUAUCUUCUAUGCCUGAUUUACGUAUAUUCGAUUUUCAAUAUAUUAAUUUUAUAGAAAAUAAUAAUAAUAAUCAAUUGAUAUAUAAUUCUAUAGUUAAUCAAUUUUGUUCUUCAUUUUGGUUCCAACGAAAAUGGUUCUUUGGAUAUCAAUUUUACAUGGAAGAAUAUCAAAAAUACGUCAUUUUCUAUUCAAUAAAUCCGUAUAGAAGAAAACAAUACACAUUGUAUAAACAAUUGACCGAAAAUUUCCGUUCACGUCAUCCAACAAGUCAUAUAAAUUCUGUGGAUCAUGUUAAUAUCCAAGAUGAAGAAGCAAUAAUGAAUUGUGUAAAUUAUUUUCGAAAUGCUACGAAACUUACUCUUUCGCAUAAUUUUGCUGAAAGUCGUGUAUGGCUUCGGAUUAUUCUCAAACGUAUUAUUCCUCUAAAACAGUUGACUACAUUAACCAUUGAUUGUGACACUUUCUCUUUUGAUCAAUUGAUUAAAUUAUUACAUUUUACUCCUAAUAUUCAUACAUUGACAUUCAAUUCUCAAUCAAUUACCGAAUCAAAUUCUAUCUUAAUUCAACAAAGUGAAACGUUUCGAUUAGUAUCGAAUACAAAUAAAAUUACAAAUGUGACUAUAAAAGAAAAAUAUUCAUUUGAAAAUAUCAAACUAUUUGUUGCUUUGUGUCCUCAAAUGCAAAAUCUUACAAUCGAUAUUUAUACACAACAUCUUGAAUCAAUCAUACGAUUUAUACUAUUAAAAACUAAAAUCAAUAUUCAACAUUUAUGUUCAAUAUAUAUAAAAAAUACACGUAAAUCAAUGAUUGGAAUAUUGAAAACUCUUAUUGAAUCAGAAGAAUUACUUGAUAAUUAUUUGAUUAAAUCAAUUGAUUCUCAAUUAUAUCUUUGGUGGUAG